AUGGCAGUCACCACAACUCCAGCCAUGGUCAGGCUGAGCAGUGAGAUCACCUCUCCACAUGUCAGUAAGAUCACCUCUCCACAUGUCAGUGAGAUCACCUCUCCACACGUCAGUGAGAUCACCUCUCCACAUGUCAGUGAGUAUGCCUCUCCACAUGUCAGUGAGAUCACCUCUCCACAUGUCAGUGAUAUCACCUCUCCACACGUCAGUGAAAUCACCUCUCCACAUGUCAGUAAGAUCACCUCUCCACAUGUCAGUGAGAUCACCUCUCCACAUGUCAGUGAGUAUGCCUCUCCACAUGUCAGUGAGAUCACGUCUCCACAUGUCAGUGAGUAUGCCUCUCCACAUGUCAGUGAGAUCACCUCUCCACAUGUCAGUAAGAUCACCUCUCCACAUGUCACUGAGAUCACCUCUCCACACGUCAGUGAGAUCACCUCUCCACACGUCAGUGAGAUCACCUCUCCACACGUCAGUGAGUAUGCCUCUCCACACGUCAGUGAGUAUGCCUCUCCACAUGUCAGUGAGAUCACCUCUCCACACGUCAGUGAGAUCACCUCUCCACACGUCAGUGAGAUCACCUCUCCACAUGUCAGUGAGAUCACCUCUCCACAUUUCAGUGAGUAUGCCUCUCCACAUGUCAGUGAGUAUGCCUCUCCACAUGUCAGUGAGAUCACCUCUCCACACGUCAGUGAGAUCACCUCUCCACACGUCAGUGAGAUCACCUCUCCACAUGUCAGUGAGAUCACCUCUCCACAUGUCAGUGAGUAUGCCUCUCCACAUGUCAGAGAGAUCACCUCUCCACACGUCAAUAAGAUCACCUCUCCACACGUCAGUGAGAUCACCUCUCCACACGUCAGUGAGAUCACCUCUCCACACGUCAGUGAGAUCACCUCUCCACAUGUCAGUGAGUAUGCCUCUCCACAUGUCAGUGAUAUCACCUCUCCACAUGUCAGUGAGUAUGCCUCUCCACAUGUCAGUGAGUAUGCCUCUCCACAUGUCAGUGAGAUCACAUCUCCACAUGUCAGUGAGUAUGCCUCUCCACAUGUCAGAGAGAUCACCUCUCCACAUGUCAGUGAGUAUGCCUCUCCACAUGUCAGUGAUAUCACCUCUCCACAUGUCAGAGAGAUCACCUCUCCACAUGUCAGUGAGAUCACCUCUCCACAUGUCAGUGAGUAUGCCUCUCCACAAUGUCAGUGA